AUGUGCCCUCGCGCUCCCAUUGACUCGGCGAUGGUGAGCCUCCGCCUGUACAAGACCGGCACGGCGGACGAGAAGCGCGACGAGGCCAAGCUCGCCACCGCGCUCCGCGUGGCGGGCGCCUCGCUGGCCACGCUCAAGCAGGCGCCGCGGGCCCCGCAGUCCCGCUGCUCCACCCCCCCCCCAUCCACGCCCCGUGAGCGCUGCUACAUGGUCGCGCUCGAGGACGGCGCGCCCGCACUCUCGGCGGGCGACGCGUCCAAGCUGCGGUGGCUGGUGGCGGAGACGUUCGAGCAGGACAAGACGAGCUGCUCGCCCGGCCUCGCCGCGCCCGCCGCCUCCGACGCCCACACGAUGCUGCUCGAGGUCGGCCCCCGCCUCACCUUUGCCACGGCGUGGUCGUCCAACGCCGUCGCAAUCUGCCAGUCGGCUGGCCUCCGGUCGGUCGCGCGGGUGGAGAUGUCGCGCCGCUACCUGAUCUCCACCGCCGAGCCGCUCACGCCCGCCCUCCGCGCCGCCGUCUCGGCCGCGCUGCACGACCGCAUGACCGAGCAGGUCUACCCCGAGCCGCUGCAGUCCUUCUCUUCCGAGGCGCCGGCCGCCGCCGCAACCCGCACCAUCCCUCUGAUGGCCGAGGGCCGCGCGGCGCUCGAGCGGCUGGACAAGGAGAUGGGGCUUGGCUUCGACGAGGCGGACCUCGACUACUACACGAAUCUCUUCGUCGACAAGCUCGGCCGCGACCCCACCGACGUCGAGUGCUUCGACAUGGCGCAGUCCAACUCGGAGCACUCGCGCCACUGGUUCUUCGGCGGCAAGAUGGUCUUGUGUGGGGGCGAUAAAACGCAGACGCUCUUCAAGAUGCUCCAAGAGAGGGUCUAG